AAUUCAGCCCUCUUUACAACUCGGCUAGCCAAGAUGGCGGAUGCACAAACCGAGAGGGCUUAUCAGAAGCAGCCGACCAUCUUCCAGAACAAGAAGCGUGUUCUGGCCGUCGAUGGAGGCACGCAGAGCAAAGAAAAGCUCCCCCGUUACCACAAAAGUGUCGGGCUGGGCUUCAAAACCCCAAGAGAGGCUAUUGAUGGCACUUAUAUUGACAAGAAAUGCCCCUUUACUGGAAAUGUCUCCAUCCGUGGCCGUGUUCUCUCUGGUCAGUGUUAAAGGCUAUCCAGUGAUGCUUGUGAAUUGAAUUCGGCAUGGUGACCAAAAUGAAGAUGCAGAGGACCAUCGUAAUCAGAUGCGACUACCUGCAUUACAUUC